AACUCCUUUAGGGCUCUCUGAUUUAUUGGCGUUCACCCUGCUGGAAGGGAUCCAGAUGGCGGUCUCCUCCCUUCUGCUGUGCUUGUGUUUUGGAGCUUUGGUGAAAUGUGCUGCUGGAAGUGACUGGUGUUACACUGGCUGUGAGCACACCCCGGCUCAUUGGAAAGACAUCUCUGGAACUUUCUGUGGAGAAAAGAGACAGUCUCCCAUUGAUAUCGUCACCAGUGAUGUUAAGACUGACCAAAACCUGCAUAACUUUACAUUCGCCAACUUCUCCUCGGAGAAUGUAAUCAAGUCGAUCAAAAUCGAUAAACAUACAGUGAAAUGCAUCUUGGAGGAAAAUGAGGUUGAAGUGAGUGGAGGGGGACUUGAUGGAACAUAUUCAACGAUUCAGUUUCACCUUCACUGGGGGGAUACAGAACAUCAUCCGGGUUCAGAGCACACUAUUGAUAAGCACCGAUAUCCAAUGGAGAUGCAUAUAGUCAGUCUGAAGAAAGGUAUGCAGGACCCGGUGAACGAUCCAGAGGGAAUCGCUGUUCUGGGGUUUUUCAUAAAUGCCACAGAGGAUGGAGAUAUGUCCGGACCUUGGAGCAAUCUCACGUCCUACCUGAAAAACACCGCAGGCACAGUAGACUUUAACCACACCAUCUCUAUCGAUGACCUGAUUGGAAAUGUAGACCGCACAAAGUUCUACCGCUACAUGGGCUCCCUGACCACGCCCAACUGCAAUGAAGCAGUUGUGUGGACAGUGUUUCAAGAGCCAAUCAACAUCAACAAAAAUCUGAUUCAAAAUUUUCCCAUGAAGACAGGAAUCUCAAACGUAUUUCGUCCAACCCAAAAUACUAAUGGACGUCAAGUGUUUGCCUCCCCUGCAACUACUUUGCCUUCAAGUCAUUGGUGCUAUGAUGAUCACUGUCAUUUCAGCCCUUCAAAGUGGCAGCUCCUGCCUCAGUCUUAUUGUGGCGGCGAACUCCAGUCCCCGAUCAACAUAGACACACGUAACACUUUGAAAGAUAACCAUCUCAAAGAGUUCACCUAUACAAAGUUUGAUGAAAAACAUGCAAUCAAAUACAUCACUAACACAGGAGAAGCAGUAAAGUGUGUUCUGAAGGAGGAUUUGUUGGAGGUCUCAGGAGGAGGUCUGGGACACGUCUACUCCACCCUUCAGUUCCACUUUCAUUGGGGCUCCAGGUCACCAGACUCUGAGGGCUCAGAGCACACCGUGGAUUCACACAGAUACCCAAUGGAGAUGCACAUAGUGAACAAAAGAAAGGAUUUAAGUUUGGAGGAUGCAAUAAAGACUCCUAAUGGCCUGGCAGUGCUGGGAUUCUUCAUUGAGGCUAAAGAGUCUACCAAAAGCAGCGACGAAUCUCAUCAUGAGACAGGUCCCACAUCCAAGCCAACAUCUGAUAUUGAUGCCUGGAAAAGACUGACUAGCUACCUUCCACAUAUACAGAACAUCAGCUCAAAGGCAAAUGUCACAGAAGAGAUCUCAAUUGAUGAUCUGCUUGGUGACGUGAACAGAGCUGUGUUCUAUCGCUACAACGGCUCCCUGACCACCCCGUCUUGUAAUGAAGCCGUCGUCUGGACCAUUUUUAAAGAGUCUAUUAAAGUGGAUAAAGACAUGAUGAUGCUGUUCCCUACUCAUGCAGGAUAUGAGAACGUGUUUCGGCCUGCACAGGCUCUUAAUAACAGGAAAAUCUUCACUUCUGCAUCAAGUGCCCCUGGUCCCAUCCAACUAUUUCUGCUGCUAGGUUGUCUCUGUGCUCUUUCAUAUAAUCUGCAUUUGUGAGACAGAAUCUGCUGUAAAGAAUAAUGUAUAAUGCACUAAUUUACUGACUUGCACAGUUUCCCUUUUUAUCAUAUUUAUGGGUCUAAAGGUCAUCUCUAACCACUAUUUAAAGCCUGGUAGUUUAUUAAUUAUUGCAUUGUGUUACUGUUGUAGUAUAGUGAUUGUAUCAAUUAGUUUCAACAUUGUAAAAUAAAUGCUUGUAUUAGUAUAGACUAAAGCUUAAAUGAUUUAAUUAACUUGUUAAUGGGUUCGGACAUCCAGGCACAGACUGGAUGGAAGUUUAAUGCCGACCAAAUUGUCACCUGAAGUUAUUAUCAAAUGUAGUGUUAUAGUGAUCAUGUCUGCAUUCACCAGUUCAUUAUUUAAUUACUAUAGUAAAUUGUAUCACAAGAUGCUGAAGCAAAUAUAAUGAAUAAAACACUGAUACAGUUGA